AAGGUGGGGAGGAGGGUUGUCGGGGUGCCUGUGAGCCCUCCCCCGGGCCGGCAGGACGGGUUUCCCCUCACCUUAGUUCACCUCCUGCAUGCCGCCGGUGCCGGGGGCGCUGUGGAGCGGGGCACGGGCCGCCCGCCAUGGCCGAGGCAGGAGCGGGGAGCGCCGAGGGGGCCGAGGAGGAGCGGCGGACCGCUGAAGAUAAUUUCUCAACAGAUGGAAACCCAUGCAUUGCUUCUGGAGUCCCCAGCCUCAUGAAUACAAUAACUAAGCCUGCUACCACCACUUCUUUCAAUGUUUCUGUGGCUGAGAUUCCAAGGAAGCGCAAAGGAAGUGAUUCUGAUAACCAGGAUACAGUUGAAGUUGAUGGUGAUCCUCAGAAAAGGAGUGAAGAUGAAGAACAAGUUAAAAUAAAAGAUUUCAGAGAGGCUCACAGUCAAACAGAGAAACGAAGAAGAGACAAAAUGAAUAAUUUGAUAGAGGAAUUGUCUGCUAUGAUACCUCAGUGCAAUCCCAUGGCACGAAAGCUAGACAAGCUAACAGUGUUACGGAUGGCUGUGCAACACUUAAAAUCUUUAAAAGGUUCCACUAGCUCCUAUACAGAAGUCCGGUAUAAACCAUCAUUUUUAAAGGAUGAUGAGCUCCGACAGUUAAUCCUUAGGGCUGCAGAUGGAUUCCUAUUUGUGGUUGGAUGCAACAGAGGAAAAAUUCUGUUUGUCUCAGAAUCAGUUUGCAAAAUACUUAAUUAUGAUCAGGCCAGUUUAAUUGGACAAAGUUUAUUUGAUUACUUGCAUCCAAAAGAUGUUGCAAAAGUUAAGGAGCAACUUUCUUCUUCGGAUAUUUCUCCUAGGGAGAAGCUCGUGGAUGGGAAAACUGGCUUGCAAGUACACACAGAUUUUCAAGCUGGACCAGCUCGACUGAAUUCUGGUGCUCGACGUUCCUUCUUCUGUCGGAUAAAAUGUAGUAGGACCACAGUCAAAGAAGAAAAGGAGUGCUUGCCCAACCCAAAGAAGAAAGAUCACAGAAGAUACUGCACCAUUCACUGUACUGGUUAUAUGAAGAACUGGCCUCCUAAUGAGGUGGGAGUAGAAGAAGAAAAUGAUGUAGAAAAGGACAAUAGUAAUUUUAACUGUCUUGUUGCAAUUGGGAGGUUACACCCUUAUAUUGUUCCACAAAAGAGUGGAGAGAUAAAAGUCAAAGCAACAGAAUUUGUUACACGAUUUGCCAUGGAUGGAAAAUUUGUUUACGUAGAUCAGCGUGCAACAGCAAUUUUAGGGUAUCUGCCACAAGAGCUUCUAGGAACUUCUUGUUACGAGUACUGCCAUCAAGAUGAUCACAAUCAUCUGGCUGAAAAACAUAAAGAAGUGUUGCAGAAUAAAGAAAAAGUAUUUACAAAUUCCUACAAAUUUAGAGCAAAGGAUGGGACUUUUGUUACUUUAAAGAGUCAGUGGUUUAGUUUCACGAAUCCGUGGACCAAAGAACUGGAGUACAUCGUAUCAAACAACACUGUGGUAUUAGGUCAUAACGAGUCAGCUGAAGAACAGGUUCCCCACGGUUCCCAGCCGGCAGAAGAUGCUGCAAAACAGUCUUUAAGCGUACCUGGAAUGUCCUCUGGAACAGUUCUUGGUGCUGGAAGUAUAGGAACCGAAAUUGCAAAUGAAAUAUUAGAAUUGCAAAGGUCAUGGGGAACAGGAGAGGUGCCUGAGGACCGGAGGAAGGCUGACAUCACUCCAAUCUUCAAAAAAGGCAAGAAGGAGGACCCAGGGAACUACAGGCCGGUUAGUCUCACCUCUGUCCCUGGGAAGGUAAUGGAGCGACUCAUUCUGGAUGUCGUCUCCAAACACAUAGAGGAACAGGAAGUUAUUGGAAGUGGUCAGCAUGGAUUUACCAAGGGCAAAUCAUGCCUGACCAAUCUGAUAGCUUUCUAUGAUGUUAUAACGGAUUGGCUGGAUGAGGGGAGAGCCGUAGAUGUCAUCUACCUUGACCUUAGCAAGGCUUUUGACACUGUCCCCCAUAACAUCCUCAUUAGGAAGCUGAGGAAGUAUGGGCUAGACGAGGUGACAGUGAGGUGGAUCGAGAGCUGGCUGAGUGACAGAACUCAGAGGGUUGUGAUCAGCGGCACAGAGUCCAGUUGGAGGCCUGUAACAAGGGGUGUCCCUCAGGGGUCAAUACUUGGACCAAUUUUGUUCAAUAUAUUCAUUAAUGACCUAGAUGAGGGGACAGAGUGUAUCCUCAGCAAGUUUGCUGAUGAUACCAAGCUGGGAGGGGUGGCCGACACUCCAGAGGGCCGUGCUGCCAUCCAGCGUGACCUGGACAGGCUGGAGAGCUGGGCAGAGAAGAACCUAAUGAGGUUCAACAAAAGCAAGUGUAGGGUUCUGCACCUGGGAAGGAAGAAUGCCAAACACCAGUAUAUGUUAGGGGCGGACAUGCUGGGAAGCAGCUCUGAGGAGAAGGACCUGGGGGUCCUGGUAGACAGGAAAUUAUCCAUGAGCCAGCAGUGUGCCCUUGUCGCCAAAAAGGCCAAUGGCAUCCUGGGCUGCAUAGGGAAGACUGUGGCCAGUAGGUCGAGGGAGGUCAUUCUCCCCCUCUACUCUGCACUGGUGAGGCCACAACUGGAGUACUGUGUCCAGUUUUGGGCUCCCCAGUUCAAGAGGGACAGGGAACUACUGGAGCGAGUCCAGCGUAGGGCAGCCAAGAUGAUUAUGGGACUGGAGCAUCUCCCUUAUGAGGAAAGGCUGAAAGAGCUGGGACUCUUUAGCCUGGAGAAGAGAAGGUUGAGGGGGGACCUGAUUAAUGUUUACAAGUAUCUAAAGGGUGGGUUUAAGGAGGAUGGAGCCAGGCUCUUUUCAAUGGUUCCCAGCGACAGGACGAGGGGCAACGGGCACAAGCUAGAACAUAGGAAGUUCCGUUCAAAUACACGGAAAAACUUCUUUACAGUGAGGGUGACAGAGCACUGGAACAGGCUGCCCAGGGAGGUUGUGGAGUCCCCUUCUCUGGAGAUUUUCAAGACCCGCCCGGAUGCAGCCCUGAGGGAUGUGCUUUAGGCAAUCCUGCUCUAGCAGGGGAGUUGGACUAGAUGAUCUCUAGAGGUCCCUUCCAACUCUGAAGAUUCCAUGAUUCCGUGAUAUCCUUAACAGCGAAGAUGGCAUGUUACAUUUUGGUAAUACCGUUGUUUAAGUCUGAUGAUCAGUACCAUCAAUAGAGGGAAGGAGAAUCACUUUUUAUUAUAUCCUUCUGAAGACUGAAUUAAGUUGGCAAACGUUCUCAUCUCUGAACAGUUAAUAUCCAGGCAUGACCCAAGAGCUUAAUUUGACUCUGUUCUAGGCACUUCAGUCAGCUGUGUGAUGCUCUUGAUUGAGAUCACCUGAACUUUGCUGAAAAUGCUCAUCCAUGUGAGCAUACAUGUCAUCAGCUUAAGGAAACCAGUUUUAUGAAGUAAAUGAAUAACAAACUUGCUGAAUGAUGAAAGAAUGAAUGCAUUCCUGGGAAAGUUUUCUUCAAAGCUAUCCCUUGAAAGUUCUGGUAUUUGUGUUUUUAAGAACCGCAAACAAUGCUCUUUCUCUUCAUAUUGCUACAGAGGCAACAGUUUCAGGAGCAGUAUCUUCCUAAGCAACAGAGGGAAAUUUUGUAAGUCUUGUAUGAAGAUCAAACCAAACCAUUACUCCUGUUGUGUGACAGCUCAGCAGGUUGCAAAAGAGCAAAGUCUAUCUGUUUUAAUCUUUGGAAACAGAAAAUCCAUUACAACAGACAGAAUUGUGGAAUUUGGAGAGGAGAUUAUGGUACUGAAUUAAUUUGGGGGAAUCUUUUUUGUAAGAGUGGGUUUAUUUUUUUUUUUUUACUCUGUUUAAAUGGAAUUCAGCUGUACAGUUGAGGCAGGUAUGACUGAGGGAUAUUUCAGAGGAAUGUCUAUUAUUUCAUAAACUUCCUGAUCCCAAAAGAAGAAUGGAGUUUUCUAGUCCACUACAGACCUUACAGAAAUUGAGCUUAUUUAUCAAAAAGUUCAGCUUCCAUAGUACUAACACUGGCAUAAUUUUCUUUCUGUUUGUCUGCCUAUUGUAAGCUUGAAGCUCAUAAUGCAUAACUCCAUAUCUGUCAGAGAUUCAUUUUGGAGAUGCCUUGAUUUCAUCAGGUAAUGAAAGCGUGGCUUUAUUCCUUUAUGGAGCAGCAGUUUAAGGCAACAGGAUGUUUGCCCCAGUUUGUUUGAUUUACCAAAACAUCUUUUCAGGAAGAUCACAGUGAUAGUUCAGACAUGCUUCUAAUUUAAAAAGUGAGGCUGCUAGGAGACUGGAACUGGAACUGGAUUCAAGUUCUGGAUUCAAACAACAACUUUCCAGGACAAAUAUUUGUGGAAGUACUGGCAGUGAUCAGCACAUGCUUCAAGAAGCUGCAUCAGGUAGUCUUAUUCUUCAAGUCAUUGAUUGAACUUGGUGUUUUUCCCAGUUAUGUUCACAUCUUGAACGCUGUUUAUUAAAUGAAACAGCAUUAUGUUGCUUUCUUUGGGAACAGUUAUCUCAUUUCUCAGCUAACAGACUGAAUGUCGCAACAUUUUGGAAGGAAAAAUGUUUUGCGUGACGGCUUCAUCAGCCACAUUUAGUCUUGUGCAAGUGUGUUUGUUUCAGUGAUCUUAGUUGUCCGUGGACACUGGAAAUUGAGAAAUAAACUUGUGCUGAAACUAAUAGCCCAAGAAGUCGCUAUGCAGAUGAAAGAAAAGGUUAAGAGAAAAGUCAUGCAGAAUAAGGUAAACUCCGUGUCCGAAGAAGGUGCAGUUCUGAAAAGAAGCCAGCUAUGGAAGGGAGCAGUUGCACUGUGUAGCUGGGAUCUUUGGCAUCAUAUUCAUCCUACAGCCUACACCCACAUCUUGGGUGAAAAUAACUAGGUUUUGUCUCUAUAAGAGGAAGAGGUGUUCACAAAUGCAGUUGGCCAUUUAAGGCCUCAUCAGUAAUGACUGAAUAUUUCUGGAGAUGUCUUGAUGUAGUUGCUUGCACCCAGAUGUAGCUCAGUUUUUCCAGAGUUGUUGCUAGGAACAAUGCUGUAUUUUUUCCAGCCGAAGAGUAGAACUUCAUACUAUUUGUUCAUUUUUCUUUUGUAUGAAAUCAAGCUACUAUCUUGCACGCACUGACGCAGUAAAAAUAAGACAAGAGUGAUCAACAGAGCCUAACACCAGCUGUUUUUCAUCAAGUACCUUUGUGACUACACGCUUUAUCCAACCGGAUGAGAGCGUUUACUACCUCAGUCUGCUCUCUGCAUUUUUUUAAUAUCGGUAAGACACAGAUGGUUCUCCAGCUGUGCAUCAGGCAUCACUAAGUAUUUUUUAAAAAAUUCAGGACUAUACCUACAGCUCUAUUUACAAGCAUAUCUGAAUUGAAUUAGCACCUGAUUAAUAAGCAUUUAAGUUAUAGAAAUGCUAUAAAUCUAUUCAGUCUGGAAUUUCUGUCCCAGCUUUUGGAAAUGGCAGUACUGCUUUUCAAAUGAUGCAUUGGAUAUUGGAAUGUAGGGAACUAAUAACAAAUAUUCCACACAAAUAACUCAACUUAUUCAAGAAAGGCUGUUUAUUCACUUAUUUUCUAUCUUUCCUCCAAUCCCUUAUCACAUUUUGGGUCUGAGUAAGUGAUGGAAGCAGAAGCAUCCAGAGUGCCCCAGUUCUUAUAUAGCUUUGUGCUUUGGGAGUCAGGAAGAGCAGGGGGAGAUGGGAGCAAGCUGUCCAAAGGGCCCUGGUAUGACAUUUUCACUGUUAGUUUCAUAUCUGGCGUGUUUGGUGAGGGAGGACGUGCGGUACCUCAAAAGAAUUCUGGUAACAAACAAGCAGUCUUUACUUUUAGUUGGAAUUUUAUGAAAACAUGGAGAGACAGGUAUAACAAAAUAAUAGUGGAGGGAGCAUUAGAAGGAUGUGUUGUUUUCCCUCCACCAUUUAGGAGAACUUCUUUAUGUUGUCUGUAUUCUAUAUGUAUUUGAAUUGUACCUAUUUGUCCCAGUGUGCAUAAUUCUGAAACCUGUUACUCUUUGGUCUGUCAGUGCUGGUGAUUCAGCAGAAAAAUAAAAAUGUGCUCAAGUAAUUAUGACCCAGUGCCUUAUUGAUCUCUUCUGCUUUUUGUGCUAUCAAUACUUGGAGCAGGAGAAUUUAGAAUCUUUAGGAGAAUUGAAGACAACAUUGUCUCAGAUUAGCUGGCUCGUGCUUCAUCACUGGGGAGGUCUGGUGGGUUCUGCAACACAAAAUAGGCUAUUUUUCAGUUUAUGAUCAAUGUGACUUGGUAAAUCAACUAAACAUGUACAAUUUUAGGUUGCACUCUUCACCAUCUGGGGAGUUAAGUCCAUCACAUCUCUUGAGAAAGUCACCUUCUCCAGCUUUAACUGUAAACUGUAGCAAUGUGCCAAAUAAAGAGUUGAUUCAGUUAUGUCCUUCAGAAGCAGAAGUUCUAGAGACUU